GAGGAAGCCACACCUUUUCCUGUAAGUGAAAAUGAAAGUAAAGGCAAGACUCUUCGCAAGCAUUUUAAGCUGAUUUUCAUCUAAGAUUGUCAGUGUCAGCCACUAAAGAAAGCUGAGCAACAAGGUUUUCUUUGUCAACCAUGUAAGGAAGCAGAGCAACCAAGGUGAAACAUGUUUUGCCCUGAAUGUGGAAGUCAAGUGGAAAGGUCGUAUAAAUUCUGUCCUGAAUGUGGCUUCAAGUUAUCUGUCUUUCCUCAAAAUGGGACCCAAGAUGUGGACACAUCAGCACACCAACUCUUGGUCACUGCUGAGGAGAAGAAUCAAAAGGAGGAUCAAGAUGUUGAAGAAAAGACUGCCCAGACAAAGCAGCAGUCGACUAGUGAUGACCUUGAGCCAGCCAGAGCGACACAGCAGGACCCAUCAGAUAACUUUGCUUGCCCGGUCACACUGGAAAAAGGAGACACACCCUCAUCCCCCAAUCUCACACUGUCAGUUGGGGAAUCAGUCUCUACUGCAAAGCUACAAGUCACAGAUGCUUGUAAGGAGGAAGAAAAGCUAUCUGCUACAGCUCCUGAAUGUGAUUCUCAACCAUGCGGUGAGGCCGUUCCUGGAUCAAGACUGUCUGUUUCCACAGUCCUGCCCUUCACUACACCUGCAGGUUAUAACCUGACAGAGGAGGAAACAGACAAACAUCCAGAUAUAUGUCCAGAUGACAGCCCUAAUGCAGUGCAAACUCCUGCUGACAAGCCAAGUGAGAUUGAGUCUGGGCUGUUGUCUACUUCUGCAUCACCACUAACAUCAACUAAAGAAAUUGGCCCCACUUCAUCAGAAUCAUCUGAGCAAACACUUCGGGUACCCUGUCCUGUGUCAGAGCAGUCUGCCUCUGAACAAAAUACAGAUAUGACACAAAGUCACUCUGGGAGGCCAGACGAUAAAACUGACUAUUCAGACUCUGAUCAGGGGAAGCUGCCUAUUGAUGAUUUACACACAGCCAGAGAGGGCGCUACAUCACAUGACCAAACAGAAAACACUGCUGGCCAGACACCUAAAAACUGUGAUUCAGUUGCAAAGCAGUUUGCCUCUGAGCAAGAUAAAAGUAAGACAAUCUCUCAUGACACAGAAAAACAAGUUUUCAGAAAUAAAGACCAAGCAGCCGGAGAUGAGAGGUGUCGCUCAGAUGAUCAAAAUACCAAACAAGUGGAGUAUUCUGUUGAUCCAUGUCCAGUACCAAAGGAACUAGCCAGAGACACUGAGGCUGUUGACACCACACAGGCACAGCAGCCAGUCAACAGGGAUGUCAAUGUCUCAAAUUCACCAGUGCCCUUUCGCCCUGAUCAUCAGACACCACAAAUCGACUGUAUGCCUGUGUACUUUCAUGCUGUCACUUCCAAAAGUGUUCAUUUCAAUCCAGAAAAGGAUAAGAUUUAUUUUACAUGUAAAAGAUUGUAUGGAAGUUGGGAUCAAAUCGGCCUGCAACUGUCCUCUAGGUAUGAGUUUUUUAAAAAUAUAUUCUAUCAUAACCCUUUUGUCAACUCUCCACCAAAAAAACAAAGGAACAAUGAAAUCAAGUUGAUUUAUAUGUUACAUUUCUCUGUUUCACCUCUAAUAAUGGAUGCUGUGUUUCACAGGCCACUAGGGGACAAGAGAUAUCUUGUUGAAGGACGAGUUAAGAUUCCCAAGAACAUAAUUCAUGAGAGCAUACCCUACAAAUACUUCAUACUCAAGGGCAGUGACAGUGACUUGCAGAGCGCCUUUGAGACCAUCUAUCAGAAAGAUGGAAAUGAAAAUGUCAACAGGUGCCUGAAAAUUAGAGAGGAAUUGUUGACACGUGAAGAGGAGUGGCACCAGUUUGAUGAUAUGAUCUAUCUAGAUCCUAAGAAGCAUUUUUGGACCGGGAAGUCUUUGACUAAAGAAGUUGUAAUCAAAGGAAGAGACGUAGCUGGCAGGGUGAUGCUGAAUAUCAUCCUUGGCCUUCUUGAAACUUGGAAGGAACCACAUGUGGACAACUUCUUUCUCCUGCUACGUCAGUUCUAUGUCACAUACAGCUUUCCUACACUGAUAGCAUUGCAUGAUGGCAUGCUAAAACCAUGGGGAUUGCCAUAUGGUGAACAACAGGUCAAGAUCCUGCUCCAAGGUCUUGUUCAAGAAACAAAAGCUCUCUCAGAGCCUCUGCAUGCAGGAGUUGUUAGUUUGCUCAUUUACAACUCUUAUCUGAAAGAGAGCUUGACAGAUCAACUAUCUCAUCUAUGUGAUCUUCUAUGCCUGCCUAAUAAACCACCACACCAUUUCUCAGAUUGGUGGAAGGCCUUUGCAAGCCCUAUAGAUGAAAAAAGAGUUGCAGAUGCUGCUGAGAUGCUUUGCAACAGUGCUAGACAACAUCACACUGUGAAGUGGGUGUUGGUCAUCCCUCUGAUUCACUUACUGAGAGGUGAAAGCAAGCCAUUUGAAAAAGUUCCACCUUGUGACUCCUGGACAUGCUUGAGGGAGAACAACACAACAUAUUUCUCCAGGGACAGUGAUGUUAGUGUGGCCCAGAUUAUGAAAGACCAUGCCUACCUGGCAGACAUUGAUCGUCUUCUUGUGCACUCUUGGAUGUCUCUGCUGCCUGUGGAGAAUUUAACAAGCUUCAUAUCCAGCGUGAAAGUGGAUCUCCUAGACAUUCUUAAUUAUCUGCAGAUCAGUAUCAGCUCUGGAAUAACUCACUCCAAGUGCACGGCUUUAAGAAAAUUGGGAGAUGUCCUUAUUGACAGAACAAAACAUAACAGUAAAAGUUGUGAUGACAGAGAGAAAUAUGGAGAGCACUGCCUGAAAUCUGGAGCAAAGCUUCUUGGUUCUGUCUGCCGUCACAUAACAGAUCCAAAGCACUGCGAUGUUCCCAUGGUCUUCCUUGAUAUUGUCUGUCAGAUUUUAAUGGCAUACAGUGACACUGAUUCCCAGUCAAGUGACGAGUCCAUUGGGGAGACAUUCGAAACAAUGAGGGAAUGGCGAAGAAAAACAUUCAGUAACAAACUGCUUUGUAAAUCGCAGUUUACUUUACCCACUGAAAUAGAGGUAUGGGAAAAGUUACUCUCACUGUCGUUCAGUCAUGAGGAAUUAAGUUCAGUCUGGAGAGACACCUUCAUGGCUGAUUUUGAAGAAAAGCUAAAACAAGAAGAGCAAAAGGAUCAAAUUGGAGUAUACUCCAAAAAGAUGGAAGAACUGAGCAAGACAAGUCCAUUGUUAUGCAGUGCAAUGGAGAAAUGUGCGUUGGAGGCAGUUGCAGAUAUUUGUCAGGAUAAGUCUGGCAGAGCCAUCUCAACUCUUCUGAAGGAACAUGAUAUCACAAAGUUUGAGAAGCUGAUGUCUGUUGUUGUUCUGAGGACAUGGCCCUCAGAUGUUAAUGGAAAAGACAUUGAGGCAGAGGACUUGGUACUUGAACACAUUUUGAAUUGGCUCAUGUCAAAAACUGUCUUUCAAAUGACAGGUGCAAGACAAAAACUAAUCAACAAAUUGUCAGAGGAAGCACAAACAAAGAUAACUCUGGCAAGUUCAACAUUCAGAUCUGUGGCAAACAAGUUCCUGAGUGGCGAUAUCCAAAUCAAAACAUUAAAUCAAAUUGUCAAGAGAGAAGAUGUAUUUGUUGAUUUGCUGAAGAUAGAUGGCCUCUGUGACGAUGGACGUUGUAAAGAUGACGGGAACAUGAUGACAUUACUGAAACUAAGGAAAGAAGAGGUAACAGCUGUCCUUGGAGAGAAGGAGCUGGUCAAGGAUCUUCUACAAAUCUGCCGGGAGCUUCCAGCGCAUGUUGAAGUUGAUUUCAAGGGGUUGGACAAAAAACUUGAUCUGAACAUUGAGAUGAUGAACCUGAAUGAAUUUAUGAAGGUUCACACUCUUGAUGGACAAACCUCUUCUGCACCUGGGCAAGUCACUUAUUUCAAUCUUUGUGAUGCCACUCGCCAAAUGGCUUCAAAACUGCAUGCUGUUAAAGACAGCACAAUCUUCAAAAAGUGCUGGACACAACAAGUAGAAGAGCUGUCAAUAGACCACCGUGAUGCAGAUGACACUGAAGAGCUUGAUGGAAAUAAGGAAAUCUACACACUCGACCUGGUCUACAGUAAAGUAUUCCAGAGUUGCUACAGCAAAUACAAAGGGCUUUAUGAUGGUCUAAAGAGUGGGGAACUGUUGUUAGAGGACAUAGACAGCAUUUUUGCCUACUGUGGACGAAAAUAUGAAGACUUGCAGAAAGAACUGGACAUCAUGUGCAAAACAGAUCCAUCUGAUAACAGAAAAUGGAUCAAACGAAGGAUUCACCAGAUUCAACAGUACCAUGGUCUUCAUCUAGCAAUAGAGUCUGCCAAAAUCAUCAUGGUCAUCAGGAACACAAUAUGCCCAGAAGGAGACUUCAACGAACUGGAGAAAUUGCUGCAAAUGACUCAGGGCGACUUCAAGAAAAACUGCUUGAAUUACAUAGAUGAUGACCUCAUGAAAACCAAAGAUAUUCUGAUGGACAUUACUAAUGAUGGCAAGGAAUGUCUUCAGGAACUCAGUUGGAGCCUAGAGUUUGUCCUGUGGGUUAAAGAGGCACUUGAAGAUAUCAAUGAGCUGAAAGUCUUUGUCGACCUGGCAUCCAUCUCUGCUGGAGAAAAUGACCAGGAUGUGGAUCGAGUGGCCUUUUUUCAUGAUGCUGUCCUUGGUUUCUCAUCCAUCUUGUAUGGAUUGAAGAAGGACUCAGAUUUUGAGGCCUUCAAAGAGUCAUUGUCAAAAUUGUGGAACGCACUUAAAAGUGACAGCAAUUUACCAACAAAGCUGAGGGAUACAGCACGACACCUUGAAUGGUUUAAGACUGUGAAGGUAAGCCAUGGAUCUGUUGAAUUUUCAUCUCUGUCCCUGGCAACAUCCAUCAAUGAGAGAGGAAUAUACACCAUCAAGGCCCAAGACCAGAAAAAGCUCACUUUAGAGACUUCCCUAAUGCUGGAAAUCCAGGAUGGACAUGAGAAAAACAAGACAUAUACCUAUGAGGACCUGAAAGAAUUGCUAAAUAAGCUUAUGCUUAUGUCUGGAAGAGGGGAACAAAAUCACAGCACAGUGGAGAGAUUCAUUGAGGUUUUUGAGAACGUCCAAAGACUUACCAAAGCAUUUGUAGACCUUUAUGCUGCAGGGAACCCACUCUUCAGGUAUUGGGAAUCUAAGAUUUAUUGCAGAACUCAGAGUGACCCAUGUGUCAUUAUGGGAAUCAAAUUUUGCAAGACCAUGUAUCGCAUCCAAAUAUGUGGAAGUCUAGUUGAAGAAGUUGGAGCACUGUCCAAGAAGAUGGAGUUGUUUCUGGAUGACUGGCGAAACUUCAUGGACAAACAGAGAUCUGAUCACUACUACUUAAACUACUUCACAGCAGAACAAAUAUUCUACCUCUGCAGUGUUGUAACACCGGCAAAUGUGAAUAUAGAAAUAGAUGACAAAGCUCUGAUGAUGCUCUCUUUUAUCCAACCAAACUGCACAACAUCAGAUGUGUGGAGCACAUGGGAAAGGUUUCACAAACAAUAUGCGCCUGGGAAAAGGAUUAAUGAAGAUGGUCAGUUUCAAAGUCACUUUCUUUGGCAGGAUGACACCAAUAUGUCUUCAGCUAAUGUGAGUCAUUUGACAACAGAUGAUCUAACAGACAAUGAAGACCAAACGGUGGGCUUGAAAGAACUAGAAAUGUUGUGGAAUGGUUACAUGAGCAAUGAGGGAAUAUUUUUCCAUGAUCUUUUGGAUGUAAGAAGUUUAGGGCAUCUGUUGAAAAUGAUGACUGUCACAGAAAACCAAAAUGAAAAUAAAUGGGAAGAACCAGUGCUCUCAGAUGCAAAAGACAGUACACCCAGGAGAGAGCUCCCAAAACGCCUUCUCUCAAACCAGCCUAACCUCAUAAUUUGCCCACACGAAGAGGUCCUAACUUCAAGUAUCUGCGUGUACAUGACCAGUGAUUAUGAGCCACUGCCAAGUUAUGAUGAGGUUCUCCUGUGUACCCCUGCAACAUCUAAUGAGCAAGUAGAGCUUUUUCUGAGGAGAUGUCUCACACCAGGUGACACUGGCCAGAAGAUUUACACAAUGCUUUGGGCAGACCAACUAACCUAUGUUGUGAGCUGUGCAAUGGAGAAGUGUUUUCAGAAACUGCAUUCCCAGUUUAAACAUGAUUACAAGCUAGUGAUCUUUUGCAGCUCUGAGAGAGAGCACACUUACAUUCCUACUGCAUUCAGUAAGUUCAAAAGAGACUUUGUGACUCAAGAGCCAUUGGAAAGUAUCCAGAAGUAUUUGUCCAAGCAUUACACUGUGCACUCAGACCACAGGAAUGCUAUGUUCAAAGGUGGCCAUUCUGUUGGCAUUGUGACUUCCAGGAGAGCGGGAGUAGGCAAGUCAUUGUAUGUCCAAAGAUUGUAUGAAAAGCUGGAGAAAAGUGUUGAACAAGGAACUGCAUUCAAGAAGUGCAUCAGACUAACUGAACAUGAGGUUGAUGAUCACAAAAUUCUUCAGUCUUUGUUUGACACACCAAAACAAAAAGAUCUCGAGGUGUUUCACAUUGACGUCACAUCCUCGGUGCAAAAAGGCUUGAAUGAAUUCAUAUUCAAGCUUUUCUUUUUGCGGUACCUGAUGGAUUCAGAUGGAUGGGUGUGGCACUGCAGCCACAAACACUUGUAUAUCAUUGAGUUACUGGAAUCAACCAGUAAUCAACCUAGAUAUCCCCCCGGAUCUGGGCGAAAAGAAAACUUUGCUUUUGUAGACAUUUUCCCAAAGGUAUAUUGUCGUCCACCAAAGGAGGUUAUGGCUUUGGAAAUGAGAGGAGUGGAAAAUGCUGACAUGGACACCGAUGACCCCCUCAUGGAUGACGAAUGUUUCCGGAGUGAAACUUAUCAAAGACCAUUCCAGUACCUCACACGCUUUUACAACAAAAACAAUCUUGACAACUUCACAUACCAGGGCAUUGAGGGGACACAUGCAGAGUAUCUUCAGAUACUUUUAAUCCACUGUGGCAUAAUAGAUCCAUCAUGGGCUGAGCUACGCAACUUUGUCUGGUUCCUUAAUCUUCAGUUGCAAGACUGUGAGAAUUCAGAUUUCUGCAAAGUUGAGUUGGUUGGAGACACUCUCUGUGGGUUCAAAAACUUUGUGGUUGAGUUCAUGAUCUUGAUGUCCAAAGACUUUGCAACCCCAUCAUUAUGCAUCACUGACCAGAGCCCAGGGAGGCAACAAAUUGACAACAGUGAAUUUAAUGGAGGAGAUUUAGCACCAUUCCUCAUUCGAAAGAGGUGGGAAUCUGAGCCACAUCCAUACAUCUUUUUUAAUGAUGACCACAUGUCGAUGACUUUUAUUGGGUUUCACCUGAAGCUCAAUGACCAGAAAAGAGUUGAUGCCAUAAAUCCCUUGACAGGAGAAGUGAUAAAACAAAACAUCAUGACUCGACAGCUGUACAAUGGCUUAAAACUUCAGAGAGUUCCUUUCAAUAGGGACUUUGAUCAGCUGCCCCGAGCUGACAAGAUUGAGACUCUGUGCAGUGUGCUUGGCGUCAAAUGGCCAACAGACCCUGAUGAAACAUAUGAGCUGACCACUGAUAAUAUUCUCAAAAUGAUGGCAAUCCAUAUGAGAUUCAGGUGCGGCAUCCCGGUAAUCAUAAUGGGUGAGACGGGAUGUGGUAAGACGAAGCUCAUAAAGUUCAUGUGUGAAUUGAAAAGGUGUGGAGCAUUGGCAGAAAACAUGAAAUUGGUUAAGGUUCAUGGAGGAACUACUUCAGAAAUUCUUCAUGAGAAGGUGAAGGAAGCAGAAACUCUCGCACGGAACAACACACAGAAUCAUAAAUUUGACUCAGUUCUUUUCUUUGAUGAGGCAAACACCACAGGCGCCAUCAGCAGCAUCAAGGAGAUCCUUUGUGAUCACUCUGUGCAGGGACAACAACUUGGCUCUCAAACAGGACUACAGAUUGUUGCUGCAUGUAACCCCUACAGGAAGCAUACAGACAAGAUGAUUGAAAGAUUAGAGGCAUCUGGAUUGGGCUACCGGGUCAGGGCUGAGGAUACUGACGACAAACUUGGCUCCAUCCCUCUACGCCAGCUUGUGUAUCGUGUUCAUAAGUUGCCCCCCAGCAUGAUUCCACUUGUUUGGGAUUUUGGGCAGCUCAAUGACCCAACAGAGAAAAUGUACAUUGAACAGAUGGUGCAAAGAGAGGUGAAGGCCAACAUGAUUGAGAAGCAUUAUAUUCCAACCAUAACUCAGGUGUUGUCAUCAUCACAAAAAUUCAUGAGGGAGAGGAAAGAUGAAUGCAGCUUUGUCAGUUUGAGGGAUGUUGAACGUUGGAUGAACGUGUUUGUGUGGUUCCACAAAAAUCAUUCCAUGUUUGCAACAGAACUGAGCAAAUUCGAUCACAAGAGAAAACAGCCUGACAGAUUUCUACCUGCCAGUGACAGAGUAAUCUGGUCACUCUUGAUGGCCACUGGAGUGUGCUAUCAGUCAUGCUUGGAAGACAAAAAGUCAUACUGGAGAGCUAUUAGCCAGUUGCUUCCUUCUGAAUACAACAUUAAGAGGGUACUACAGGAAAUCCAACUCAUGCAGGACCUACUACUUGAUGGUGUUCCCAUGGGUAAAACAAUUGCCAGAAAUGCAGCUUUGAAAGAAAAUUUCUUCAUGAUGGUGAUCUGUGUUGAGCUAAGAAUUCCCUUGUUUAUUGUUGGGAAACCAGGGAGCUCCAAAUCAUUGUCCAAAACCCUUGUUGCAGAUGCAAUGCAGGGCCCUGCCUCACAUUCUGAACUAUACAAAAGGCUGAAGCAGAUACAUCUGGUGUCUUUUCAGUGCAGCCCCCAUUCAACUCCCGAUGGAAUCAUCAGCACUUUCAAACAGUGUGCCCGCUUUCAGAAAAGCAAAAACUUGGAUGAAUACAUCUCAGUAGUUGUCCUCGAUGAGAUCGGAUUGGCUGAAGACUCCCCUAAAAUGCCACUUAAAACACUGCACCCAUUGUUGGAAGAGGGCUGUGUUGAUGAUGAGCCACAACCUCAUAAAAAGGUUGGUUUCAUUGGAAUUUCCAACUGGGCUCUUGACCCUGCCAAGAUGAAUCGUGGAAUCUUUGUGUCCCGUGGAGAUCUGAACCGGAAAGAGCUCGUCAAAAGUGCUGAAGGGAUAUGUUCGUCUGAAGAAACUGUUCUUGAAAAGAUCAAACACCUCUUUGAGCCUUUUGCAAAAGCAUAUAUCACUGUAUGCAAAGAAGGCAAGGGUUUCUUUGGUCUGCGGGAUUUCUAUAGUCUGAUAAAAAUGGUAUUUUCAAUUACCAAGAUCACUAAUAAGAGACCCACUGCAGAUGAAAUCACUGGAGCGGUACUGAGAAACUUCAGUGGAAAAGACGUUGUGGAUGUGAUGGGCAUAUUCAGCAAUGAACUCAGAGAUGACUUUGCAAAUGCCAGCAUCACCACCGAUGAUUUGGUCAAUCAAAGCAUCUCUCCAGCUUGCCAAGUUGAUGCAAAUCGUUACCUCUUAAUUCUCACAAAAAACUAUGCAGCCCUUCAGAUUCUCCAACAAAAAUUCUCCUUGAACCAAAUCCAUCCACAGAUCAUCUUUGGGUCUAGUUUCCCAAAAGAUCAGGAGUACACGCAGAUCUGUAGGAACAUCAAUCGUGUCAAGGUUUGCAUGGAGACCGGACAGACAGUUUUGCUUCUGAACCUUCAGAAUCUGUACGAAAGUCUGUAUGAUGCUCUCAACCAAUACUAUGUGACCCUAGGGGGUCAAAAGUAUGUUGAUCUUGGAUUAGGAACACAUCGCGUGAAAUGCAGGGUUCACAAAAACUUCAGGCUAAUAGUCAUUGAAGAGCGAGAGGUGGUCUAUGAGCAGUUUCCAAUCCCACUGAUUAACAGGAUGGAGAAACACUACCUUGACAUCAACACUGUUCUCAGAAAUGAGCAGAAGAACAUUGCCGCACAACUAAAGGAAUGGGUUGAUAAUUUUGUGUCUUUACGGAUUCAACAUCCCAUGAAAAAGCAAUAUGAUCCAAGUGACGUGUUCAUCGGCUACCAUGAAGACACAUGCUCAUCUGUGAUCCUGCAAGUAACAGAGAAUCAAGAGGCUGACACAGAUUCUCAGACCAUUCUGGACAAAGCCAAACGCAUUCUGCUUAACUGUGCCACUCCAGACUCAGUUGUUCGUUUGGACAAAGCCAAACUGCCUGAUGAAGAAAGAGAACACUUCAUAAAGGAAUAUGUUAAAGAGGAAAUGCACAGGUCACUGGGAGACUACAUUAUCUAUCAAACACAACAACUGGAACAGUCCCACUUCUCCUUCACUGAGGUCACAACCUUUUCCAGGCUACUGACUGCAGCAGACAUUCAACAACUGCAGAAAAUGACAAACCUUGAUAUCAGGCUGCUGUCACUGCAACAGUUUGACACAGAGCACUCUUUCCUCAAGAUAAUCAGGGAAUUUCUUGGCUCAACACCUGCAGACAAAGUGCUCAUUAUUCAAACAGACUAUGAUGAAGACUCCCACAGAAGGAACAUUCUUUCCUCAGCCAAGUAUUCAUGCAUCAAUGAAAUUAACAAGUGGGCCACGACAGACAAAACAAAGAUAUUCGUGUACUUUCUCACCAAACUUCUCAGAAUUGAGGGCGGGACUUCCUAUGUUGGAUUUCAAGGAGGUCCUUGGAGGUCUGUUCACAUUGAUGAUCUUAGGCGAUCAACAGAAUUUGUGUCUGAUGUUGAUUCCUUGAAAAACCAGCGCAUAAGUGACCUUUUUAAAGAUCCACCUGAUGGCAUGGAAACAGAGGACCACACCCAUGUGCCACAAAAUAAUGACUCCAUUGUUUUUGGAGAUAUUCUUGAUACAACAGAUCUCAUUAGGAGCUGUGUCCACGGUUCUGUCAGCAUGCUCAGAGAUGCAGCAGAAAGUGGAGAACUCAGCACUAAGAGAGUUGAGAACUUGCUGACCCUUCUGGAUGGAAGUCAAACACAAGGUGUGUUUGCAAACAUUGUACGAAAACAUCUGCACUUGCUGUUAGAGGACUAUGAGACCACAAUCCCCAAUCCAAAAAGCUGGGUGCUCAGGGAGGCGUCUAAUCUCAACGCUCUUCAAGAGGGGGGAACAUUCCUAAACACACUGUGGAGGAAGAUCCAAGCAGUCGUCACUCCACUUCUAGCCAACUUGAUAUCAGUCAUUGACCGAGAUUGCAAUUUGGACCUCCUGCUGACUGAGUGUGAUGACAUCAGGAAUCUAUGGCUUGAAAUAUUUGCGAGCAAAGACAUGCUCCAUGUACCUUACGUGAAGCUGGAAAGCAACUCCAGUGUGUUAUUGGUACAAAGUCAUAUCACAGCUGGCAGCACAAUGCACUGCCGCAUGCCUUUCAGCUGGUGGAUCAAAGACUUCCUGGAUGGACUCAUGAUGCAGACUGUCAGGCAUCAAACUAGUUCACCUGGUCAUUUCCAGGAGUUGUUCAUCAACACUCCACUUGGCAGUUACAUCUCAAAAAAUGUGAACAAAAAAAUGAAGAAAGAUCUUUUUGAAAGGUACCUGAGGGAUUUUGUUUCCAUGAGCAUAGAUGUGGCAUCAGAUGAAGAAUUGCAGCUCUUGUGUCAGGCCCUGGCCAGCUGUGUGGAUGAAGUAAAGAAACGACAAAAAGAUGACAAUGAGCUUUCUCUUUCUCAUAUUCACAUUGCCUACCAUUUCUACAAAAGUCGUCUUCAGAACCUCUCAAGGAUCAUAUCUCUCCGGCCUGACGUCAUUUCUCCUUUGCAAAGAAACCAGCAAAUUAGCUGUUGUCAAGAGAUGGUUUUGGAUGUUCAUGCAGCCAAGGCAUGUCUUGAGUAUCUGGAGCCUUCUACUCUAGAUACUGAAGCUCUUUACCAGCACUGGCUGCAGCAAGUGAAGAGGGUGAAACCAUCUCUGGAGUUGAUUUGCUCUCAACACAACACCAGGCAAUAUGGAGGGAUGCGAUGCAAAGAAAUACUCCAUGAUGUCAGUAAUGGUUGGAAGCGCAUCUACACCCUUGCAUUGUUUGUGGAACACAUGCUGCUGGGUUUCCAAAAUGAUGAGACUCAAAUCCAAGAACUCAUCCUGACUCACAUUCGAACCUUAAGCAAGGCUCUGUUGGACAACUCAGAUGUAAAAUCAGUGAGGACUUUUGAAGCUGUGAUUCAAGUACUAAAGUCCUGUAAGCAGGGGGCAAGUGAUCAGAUUUUCAGGUUUGGACGUGAGUGUGCGGUGUGCUUGAGGGAGCCUCAGGAUCCUGUAGGACUGCCAUGCCAUCACAUUUACUGUUUAACAUGCAUUACGGAAAGCCUUGAUAUAGGAAAGAUGUUCUGUCCCAUGUGCAGACAGGAGUUACCAAAUGACUUUCAGCCACGUGUCUCUGAAGAUAUCAGUGUCUCUAUCAAGAAAAAUGCAGAAUUCAGACAACGUUGUAACGGUUUCUUCGUUGACCUGCUCUCCACUGUGUGCUUCAAGGACAACACACCACCAGCCAGCGGUGUCAUCAAACACCUGUUGUCCUUCCUUAGCAUUGAAACAGAACAGAGCAUUCACACCAAAGAUCUGUCGCCUUUCGAUGAGUCCCCAGAUAAAAACCCAGUGGUGAGAUCUGUGAUCCUCAAGCUGCUGCUGAAGUUCAGCUUUGAUGCAGUCCAGGAAUAUUUGCAGCAACAUUUGUCAUCAGUUGAAGACAGCAGAUUUUUGAACGAGGAGGAUAAAGCAGAGCUUUAUUCCCUGUACAUCAACUGCUUGGAGGACUCCAUGUGGGAGAAAAUGCCUCAAGGCAACAAGGCUCAAGAGUUAAAGGCAUUUUUCAGUGGUGAAACCGAAUUCCUGCGCCUCUUUUUGGCUGAAGUCACUUCCGUUCCACAAACAGUGACUAUUAAACAUCUGCAGCACAUCGCACGAUUGCGUUUGUCCCUCACCAUGGCUGUCCAGCUCAUCAGUGAUAGUCUGUCUGAGAACGAUGUCUCAGAAGGAUCAGAGGAUUUCCUGAACAUGGUGAUCAAGCUUUGUCAGGAGAGUGGGAAUGAUUGGUACCGUGUUUACCUGAUCCGUCAACUCAGUGUACGACAAGGUGUCGAGUUCGUCCAGACACUGUUGAAACAGCCAGAGUUCAGUUGGAUUUUCCCUGCGGAAAUUAAUCAACAGAAUGAAGAUGGAGGCCAGAUGGACCAGUAUCUCAUAUAUGGAGAGGAAUACAAGGCAGUGAGGGAUGCAGUCGCUGAGGCAGUGGUGAAUGGCAAUGUUGAGCAGAUAGAAGAAGUCUUAGAGAAAUGCACUGUACCACCAAGAAAUCGAACAGUGUUCAUCCUCCUGGCACUUUUCCGAGAGGUUACAACUCUGUACAGAUCUGCAAAUACAGGUCUUCAUCCAACCCCUGAGCAAUGCAAAGCAUUUGGAGAUCUCAUCCAGGGCUCAAGGUUUCUGCAGAAAAAAGAAGUAAGGGAUUUUGGCUCAGCCUUGGUCAAGAACAGGUUGGGAGAACUGGCCGUUCAUCCUGGUAAAACCAUUGUUGACAACACUGUCACUGAGCUGACCAUCCAUCUGGCAGCUGUGCUGCUCACUGGGACUCAAGCUCUUGUGAUGCCACUCAAGCAACUUGGUCUGUCUCCUCAAAAUAUGCAGAGGGCAUUUAUACCCACAAUGCCUGAUGACAUGUUAGCUGUUGCCCAGGAAGCCAUACGACAAGACUAUUGCCAGCUUACUUGGUAUGUGUGUCCAAACAAUCAUCCAUGCUUUGUUGAUGAGUGUGGCAGGCCCAUGGAGAGAGGCCGAUGUCUGGAGUGUGGCGAGGAGGUUGGAGGGGAACAUCAUCAACCCCUGCCUGGAUUCACAUCUAUUCCACUGCAACAGGAUCGAACAAAGCCUGGCCACAUCCUGGGAGACCCUGAGCUGAGAAACAAUCCAGAUGCCCUGGACACGAAAAAUAUGUCUCUGACUCCCUUCACUCUGGUCAGGCUGGUAACACACUUGGCAAUGUUGCUGGGCACCUCAGAAAAAUCCCAGCAUUUCCAGCAAAUUAUUCAGCCGACUGUAGAGGAUGCAAGUUUGUUUCUUGCUCUGCACAUAAAAAAGGAUCUGGAACAGCUGUCAAAAGCACUGGGAAGAGGAUUUGACGACACUGUCACAACUGUUCACUUGGUGCUCAGGUCGCUGCAGGAGCUCCUGCAGGCCAGUCACUCUGGUAUCGAUCCUAACCUAACAACCAAAGCAUCCAGAAACAAAUGGGAGACUACUGUGGCUGAAGAUAUUAUGACACCUCAGUUGAAGGAACUUGAUCAACUCCUACAUAAAGCAAAGGGCUUCAUCAGGACUGACUCCCGUGUAUCUUCCAACUUCAUCAUGAGGGCGACCUUUGGUGAUGAUUGUUCCUUCCUGACGUCUCUAGCACAGGGCUCUCAGGUCCACAGUUCAGCAGUAUGGAGCUACAGGGAGAGGCUGUCACUGCUCAGCCUCACACACAUAUUGGAGCAGCAUGACAAGAAGGAGGAGCUGCCUCUACUCUGGAGGUUCCUGCAGAAGGAGGGGGAAAUUCGACAGAUUAAGCACCUUCCAAACAUCCUUAUCCUGCUGAAACGCUUGGUGAGAGAGUUCCAGAACGCAUCUGACCAGACAGUGGGCUCCAUCGGAGAGUUCAUUGACAAGCAAAAAGAUAGGAAAAAGUGGUAUGAAAACCACAUCGACAUCUUCCUUAAAACAUGGAAUCUGCUCAGAAAUUCCGUAACCAGCAAUGAGCUGAAGAUCCCAGAUGUGUUUUCCGGCAAGGACUUGGACCUGGACAGUGACCUGCAGUACCUCCUGCCCCGGCGGCAGGGUCCAGGCCUGUGUGCCACAGGGCUGGUCAGCUACCUUGUGACGCUACACAAUGAGAUGGUGAACGCUGCUGACAGCCACACUAAAGAGGACAGCAGCAGCUACAGGGUGAGCGUGGCAGAGCUAACAGAAGAGCAUGUGAUCCACUAUGACAUGGAGAAAGACCUGCUUCCCCUGGUCUUAUCCAACUGCCAGUACAGCUUAGAACGUGGCCAUGAGACAAUAUCACAGUUUGACCUGCCCAGGAUCCAGCAGCAGAUCCUCACCCACUUCCUGCAGGGAAAACCCCUCAUCACCCGCACAGGCAUUCCCACUCUGGUCAACACACAAGACAGAGACUACGAAACUAUUUUCUAAGCAGUUAAAGGAAAGGUGCCUCAGGGUGCUCUGUCCUCUCUCACCCGGAAUGCCUUGUCCAGAGGACUGGACUCCUACAGUGAGGUGUGUGAGGCGCUAAAGAUUUUGGAGCUGCUAAUGGGUUUCCUCUCAAUGACUGGUGGUGAUCCCAUGAUGUCGCUGGUCACCUACCUCCAGGACAUCCUGAAGAUGGCCGACCAGAUCAAUCAUCACAUACUGCCGGUUCUGCACAGAUGCCACCUCAGUCACUGUGUUUCUCUGUGGCAACUCCUCUCCUCCCUCAAAUCUGAAAACUUGCUCCGUCUCAAGAGGGAGCCCUUUAUGGAGUGUCCAGAUGAGUACCACAGGCCGCUGACAGAAGAAG